ACGAUAACCGCGCGGCUGGCGCUUGGGCCGCAGCUCUGGAGGCAGCCGCGGAACUCGCGUCCAGCUACGGAGCCCGUCAUCGCCCAAGCUGCCACUCCGCAUGCCUCACCAACGUGCCAUCUGCCUUCUGUAGCUCUCCACGGUCGUCUCACUUCGAUCUCCUUCAAUCUGCUUCCUUAAUUCUAGCCUAGUUUGACCCUCUACGACCGUCACGAUCCAUAAUGGCCUCCGGAUAUGACCGAGCGCUUUCAGUCUUCAGUCCCGAUGGACACGUUUUCCAGGUGGAAUAUGCUCUGGAAGCUGUGAAGCGAGGAACCUGCGCCGUGGGCGUGAAGGGCAAGGACAUCGUUGUCCUGGGAUGCGAGAAGCGGUCUGCGAUGAAGCUCCAAGACACCCGAAUCACCCCGUCGAAGAUCUGCCUCCUCGACAACCAUGUUUGCCUUGCCUUUGCCGGCCUCAACGCCGAUGCCAGAAUCCUCGUCGACAAGGCCAGAGUAGAAGCCCAAUCGCACAGGUUGACCGUCGAAGAUCCCGUGUCGAUUGAAUACAUCACGAAAUACGUUGCCGGUGUGCAGCAGCGAUACACGCAGAGUGGUGGUGUCCGUCCCUUCGGUAUCAGUACGUUGAUUGUUGGGUUUGACAAGGGUGACAAUGUUCCCCGUCUUUACCAGACGGAGCCAUCUGGUAUCUAUUCUGCUUGGAAAGCAAACGCUAUCGGCCGAUCGAGCAAGACCGUACGCGAGUUCCUCGAGCGGAAUCACAAGGAUGAUAUGGACCGUGAACAGACCAUUCAGCUGACGAUCAAGUCGCUGCUGGAGGUCGUUCAGACCGGUGCGAAGAACAUUGAGAUUGCCAUCAUGGCCCCUGGCAAGCUCAUGGAGCAGCUUCCCGACGAAGACAUCGAGGCUUACGUGAAGAGCAUAGAGGCAGAGAAGCAGGAAGAGGCGGCCAAGAAGAAGACCGGUCGGACGCCGGGCACAGGCACUGCGGCCAUCCUAACGCGGGGCGGCGGAGAGAGCUCUGAACACUGAAUGUCAUAAUGUUUGAGUGUGGGCGUUGUAGAGGCUACGAGGGUCCGCAUGACUCCUUUUCUGAUGUUUUCUUAAAGCGACAU